AUGGAGCCACUAUCUCCGCGAUCAACCAACAUUCCGCCAAAACCAAAGGUCGAAUCGACUAAAAAGCUAUCUGUCAAGACCAAUCCCACUCAAAAGCAGCAAACAUCCCACCGGCACCAUGCGACACCUCCACCUCCUGAGGUCAAGGAACCUGGCGCCAGCGGAGAGGAAUACGAGAUAGGAAGCUUCCUUGGAAAGGGUGGGUUUGCAGUUUGUUAUGAAGGGAAGCUUGCAAGGAAUGGACGAAUCUUUGCCAUGAAAGUUGUCAAGUCCGAGAUGCAGCAAAAGAAAAUGGAGGAAAAGUUUCGGACAGAACUACAAAUCCAUUCAAAAAUGAAUCAUCCUAACAUUGUUACAUUUCACCGGGCGUUUUCCUUCCAAAAGAACAUAUAUGUGGUUCUCGAGCUUUGUCCCAAUGGAUCGGUAAUGGAUAUGGUGAAGAAAAGAAAGUUUCUAAGUCUGCCAGAGGUCCGACGGUUUAUGAUACAGCUUUGUGGUGCUGUGAAGUACCUUCACAAACGUCACGUUGCCCACCGUGAUUUGAAGAUGGGCAACUUGUUUCUCGAUCAAGGCAUGAAUAUCAAAGUAGGUGACUUUGGGCUAGCAGCCCUAAUGCUCAGUGAGAAAGACGAGAAGAGAAGGAAGACCCUCUGCGGAACCCCAAAUUAUAUCGCUCCGGAGGUAUUAGACAAAAGCAAAGGAGGCCAUAACCAAAAGGUCGACAUCUGGUCUUUGGGUGUUAUUUUCUUCGCUAUGCUUACAGGUUUUCCCCCCUUCCAAUCAAAAACGCAAGAGGAGAUCUACAAGAAAGUGAAGUCACUUAGUUAUGACUGGCCAGUCGACACUGAAAGUGCAAAUUAUAUUCCAGACGAGGCUAAAGACCUGGUCACUGCUUGCUUGAAUCUUUCAGAGGAAAAGCGGCCAGACCCUGAUCAGAUUGUAGAUCAUCCGUUCUUCAACAUGUACUCAGGCUGUAUCCCCCGUGAACUAGAACCCGAAUCCCGCACAUCAGCUCCACAUUGGAUAACAAAGGAUAGCCCUCGAGGCGACAAUCCGGCCCCUGGAUACAGUUUGGAGUACGAUCAUACGUAUAGGAAGCUGAUAUCACAUGUUACGAAUUCGAACCAGAGAUACAUCAUAUGUAAGAACAUAUUUUACGCGGAAUGCGGCGUUGGAAGACGGAGCUCCGGGGAGAUACGAAAGGCAGCUGGAAAACGAUGUGGAAAAUCUGCUUUUGCAGAAUGCCUUACUGAAGAAGAGAGGGGGCUCCAGCCUGUUAUGCCUCUACCAUCUGAUAGAGUCUACAGCUACUACAUUGAUAAUGGCAAGGACUGGAGCCUUAACGAAGCAGACAUGGAAAACGACUUGCCGGAGGAUCAAGAAAGUAGCACUGGAGCCAUUGAUGGCCGGGGGACUUUGACUAAAUCAAAAGCUGCAAUGAUAGCCAGGACUGAGAUCGCCCUGGCUGCUCAACUCAAUCGCCGAGAAUCCGCCCCAAAAAAUCAUGCUGCUAUGUUGCGUCAACAAGCGGUUGCAUCCCGUCCAGCAGCGAAGGAUCCUUCUUCAACGACCGCCCAAGAUGCAGUGGUAGUUUCCGACGUUGUACCCGAGAAGAAUCCGGCCAUUAGGAGCACUCGGAAUCUACUUAGUCAACGCCCAAUACGCACUCGAUCGCAGACUGCUCAGGCUUACCAUGAGUCUAUGCGGGAAAAGAAUCGCGUGCCCAUUACAUCUAUGCCCAAGUCAAGCUCAACACCAGCAGCACUGACUGCUCCCUCCAGUAAAAAGGGCCCCAAUUCCGGGCCUGCUCCAGUGGUUGGCCUUCGAAGCGCUGGGCAGGAAAACGCGGUUGAAGAACUCGCCAAAGUAGCGGAGCGUCAGCCUCAAUCAAUCGUCGGCUCUGGACGAACGAUACCUAUUCGGGCUGCUUCAACCUCAACCUCAACCUCAACCUUACGCCGGCACCAGAGCCAAUCGUCGGCUACGAGCAAGGACGUUGCAUCUCGUUACAAUAAGCAACACGGCUUGACCAGAUCAGCAACGACAUCAUCAGCCGCAUCCAGUAGUAGCGGCAAAUCACGAUCAGCAUUAGGAUCCGGCCCGCUCAUUUUGCCAGAGGAUCAGUCAGAAUCAAUGCCAGGAUCGAGCGUACAUGAAGUUGUAGCCGAUCUUCAAGUAUACCAGUCUGCUCUUCGCGAGAUACCACCUCAAAACUCAAUUAAAGGUUCUGGGAACCGAGUUACCCAACCCCAAUCAAGUUCCAGAUCUGGAGCCCAUCCAUAUGUUGUGAAGUGGGUCGACUACACUAAUCGAUAUGGAAUUGCUUAUGUGUUAGACGAGGGAAGUGUUGGCUGCGUUUUCAGGGGAGAGAAUGGUUACCCAGCGACUGGAGUAGUAGUUAGAGAUGGCGAAAGCCAUCUUCGACUAAAGGCGCGCGCCAAAGGGGAUCCAGAAAGUGCCAUCCCAUACUCAGAAGUUGACCAACUUGUUCCAAGAGACGGGAAACCGAUUGAAUUCUACGAAAAUGUGGAAAUCAAUGCAUCUGGCUAUUCUGACGGAACGGUUAAGCGAGCUCUUCUUCCUGCAAAAACAUUCGAAACAAGAAGGUCAAGUCCAGACAAGCCUGCAAAUAUUCUUUGUACAGUUAGGAGUGCUGAAAAAGCAAAUCGCGUCAGGUUGGUAGAUCAGUUUGGAAAAUACAUGGUAGGCUCGCUGGGGAGAGGCGCUAUUGAGCCAUCAAAGUCAAAAAGUAGUGGCCAAUAUAUCAAGUUCUACCAGAGACUUGGGAAUGUUGGCGUCUGGGGUUUUGGUGAUGGUGCAUUCCAAUUCAAUUUCCCGGACCACACAAAGCUUGUGCUAUAUCUACCCGAGCAAAGGCCCGCCGACCCUUCGGAUUUGGCUAACUCUUGUCGAAUUGACUUUUAUCACCUUUCGCCAUCAGCAGCCAGAUAUCUCGUUGCAAAAGGCAAAAUGCAUCCCAGCGGGUUUGAUACCAGAACAGUCAUAUCAGAGCUGGCCUCUGCUUAUCUAUCCUCGAUCUCUGGGGUUCCCACAAGGGUCCCGGGUAUCAGCUCCGAACGGUUCAGGGAUAUCCUCGAAGCAAACUCUUUCCCAAAGAAACUCGAGUUUAUCACCACUGUUAUUGAUUGUUGGGCUACGAACAAGAGACUUGGAGGAAGGGUUUACCUUUCGUCUGUCUCUAAAGUCAACGGUGCCAUAAAAUGUACUUCUGCGGAUCUUCUCUGGGAUGGAGCUCAAGAAAGAUCAUGGGCUAGCGCUUCCGGGAGCAAAUUCGUCUGGGUUUCGGUUGGUGCACAGGGAGGAGAUGGCGACUAUAUGUCAGUCAAACUCCAAACAAACGCAGCAGGAGAAGUUCAGUGUGCUGGCAUGGAAGGGCACCCUCAGCUCGGAGAUCAGCUACAGAAGUUAGUCUGA